AUGUCCCCCCACGCUAUCAAGGACACCAGCGUAGAUGAAGAAGUCCCAUCCCGAAACUGGAUGAUGGGCACGGAAGCCUUCAAGCGGCGCAUGCCCCACCACGAGGGAAUGAAGGCGCUGUGGGAAACAAAGUGGAAGUUCCCCUGCAGCAAGUCACUGUACCCGUUCCACGACGGCGCAUACGAGGACUUUGAGCCGGUCUUUGAGUCCCUUAUGCGCAACAACGUCAAUGAUGGCACAUCGGUCGAAUACACGAACGCCUUCUUCCCCAUGGCGGAGUCGCUGGACGAGAGAGGCGACGAGGCCAUGGCCAGAGGCGACAAAGAGACCGCCAGCGCUCUGUACCUACGCGCGGCGUGCGUGCUGCGCAUCGCGAGGUUUCCGUAUAUCACGGCCUUCCCCGAGGCCAGCUGCCCUGUGAAGUGGAAGGCGUGGGAGUUCCAGAAGGAGGUGUACAUGAAGGCUGGUCGUUCAUGGAAGUCACCUGUCACGGAAGUUGACAUUCCACAUACUCAUAAAAAUGAUAUCGACCGUGGCACAAUCCCUGUUUAUGUCCGCAUACCGGAGAAUGUAAGAAGUGGAGAGAAGUGCCCUGCCGUCUUACUCAUGACAGGUUUAGAUGGGUAUAGGCCCGAUAACACGGUCCGCUGCGAGGAGUUCUUGUCUAGAGGUUGGGCGGCCGUGGUCGCAGAAAUUCCAGGAACUGCAGACUGUCCCGCUGAUCCGGCUGAUGCAGAGAGUCCUGAUCGACUGUGGGAUAGUGUCUUCAGCUGGAUGGAGAGGGACGGUCGCUUCGAUAUGUCGCACAUUCUGGCGUGGGGAUUGAGCGCGGGCGGGUACUACGCCAUCCGGAUUGCACAUACACACAAGAACCGUCUGCGCGGCUCAGUUGCCCAGGGCGCUGGGUGUCAUUACUUUUAUGAUCGUGACUGGAUGGACAAAGCCGAUGGGCACGAAUAUCCAUUCCAGCUCUCGCCGGCGUUCGCGAUGAAACAUGGGUACAAGAGCGUGGAGGAGUACAAAGAGGGAGUGCAGAAGAAGUUCUCGCUUCUAGAGACUGGGAUCAUACACAAGCCUUCGUGUAGGCUACUUCUGGUCAAUGGUACCCUUGAUGGUCUCAUGCCAAUAGAAGACUCAAUGAUGUUGUUUGAAUAUGGUACGCCAAAGGAAGCGCGUUUCUUUCCCAACGCAUUACACAUGGGUUAUCCAUUAGCGAACAACUCGGUGUAUCCGUGGAUGGAAUCUGUGAUGGGCAGAUGA